AAAUCUCUCAAACUUUCAAACAUCAUCGUUUUUCCACGCAUCAAUGGCGUCGCUCCAUUCCUCAUCCUCAUCGACAUUCACCAUGCUCCUCUCUCCACCCAAUUCCCGCCUCUUUUCAUCUUCUUCUUCCUUUACUCAGUUCAAUCGGCCGGCAAUACUUCCGUUUUCUACGGCAACGAUCAGGACGCUGAGAAGCAGGGGAAGGAGGAGGAUUCCACGUUUCUCAGUCUCGGCGGCGUCGCGUGCGCUACAAGCGCUGAUAUUCGACUGCGACGGCGUCAUAUUAGAGUCGGAACACUUGCAUCGGCAAGCCUAUAACGACGCCUUCUUUCACUUCAAUGUCCGCGUGCCUUCAGAUGCAUCUGAGCCGUUGAAUUGGGGACUUGAAUUCUAUGAUGAGCUCCAGAAUCGAAUCGGUGGUGGAAAACCUAAAAUGAGAUGGUAUUUUAAAGAGCAUGGAUGGCCAAGUUCGACCAUAUUUGAGAACCCUCCUGAGAAUGAUGAUGACAAAGAGAAGCUUAUUGAUAUUAUUCAAGAUUGGAAGACUGAGAGGUAUAAAGAUAUAAUCAAAUCCGGAACUGUUCAGCCUAGACCAGGAGUUCUGAGAUUGAUGGAUGAGGCCAAAGCUUCUGGCACAAAACUGGCUGUUUGCUCUGCUGCAACCAAAAGCUCAGUCGUGCUAUGCCUUGAAAAUCUAAUCGGAAUGGAGAGGUUUCAAGGUCUAGACUGCUUUUUAGCAGGUAUUUUGAACUUUUUAUUCAUAUUAAUAGCGUAGAUAUCAAAUUUGUAAAUCUUCUUGUUUUAUUUAUGAGCAGCAACCUAAAUGCUGGGGGCUAAAACAUUAUGCUUUGCAUGCUUACUGGAACUACUUGGUACUUUUAAAGAGCUCAAACCCUGAGCGGCUUGGUGCUUCUAAAUUACAUGAGCUCGCAUAGGGAAAACCUAUGACAUGUAUGAAAAAACCAGUAAUUGAUGAAGCUGAGAUGUGAAUCUAGUCUAGUGCAUUCGAGCCAAAGCAGUUAUAACUUAUGUGUGAAGGAAUUAUCAAUAUGUGGAACUAAGUCUGAAUUCAUAGCUGAUUUAAGUUAAUCAACUAAAGCACUAAUUUGUAAAGGUGCAAAGACGUAAGAAGCAAGGCUUGGACAUGGAAUGUAGAAGUCAAGCUUGAAUUGAUAAAUUAAAGCUUGAACACCAUGUGCUUUCAGAUAUGGUUUCCUCAAGCAUAUCCAUAUAUUCUUGAAAUGACUUCGAAUACUGAAAUCCUGCUAAAGUAAUGAAAUAUCACGGAUAAGUUUCAAGAGUCUGAUAAUGAACUCUAUACUGCAAAAUAUUUUGAGAGUUCCUCUUCUUUGCAAAACAAUAAUGUAAGACUUACAGUAUUCUCCAGUUACUCUGUUUUAAGAUUUCCUUGAGCACUGAUAAAAAUCUACCACCAAAGACACAGCAAUCAACACAGUUCUUGUAAUCAGAUCAAAAAGUUUUGGCCACAAAUCAUUAUGUCAGCUGCACUCAUUUUAUCUUUGUUUUAAAGGUGAUGACGUGAAGGAAAAGAAGCCCGAUCCUUCAAUAUACCUUACUGCUUCUAAGGUAGUGAAAGUGGCAGGAAGUCGUAUUCUUUCUGCAUUUUAGCUGUCAUCCUGUAUAUAAGUGUUACUGAGUGAUUGUCUAUCAUAAUCUGCAGAGUCUAGGGGUGUCUGCUGAUGAUUGCUUGGUGGUGGAAGAUAGUGUUAUUGGGCUACAGGUUAAUGUUUGCCUCUUUUCAAGUCUUUGAUAAUGAUGCUGAUAUUGCUUUCUGAAUCUGGUAUUUUGUCGCUCGUUUCUGAUUUCCCUGAAUUUAUUUCUAUGUAAUCAUGAGAGAGACAAGAAGUACCAAGGAUCAUUUGCUUAAUCAUUCAGGCCAGUCUCUCUCAGUACGGGAAAUUUUAGGAGUUGGAUUGAAACUCUAGUUUGAAUGUAUAAUGUGUCUAACCAUAAUGAGAUUCUUGGUGGUGAAGAUGAUUGUUAUCCAUGAAUUCCGUACUUUUGGUGCUAAAAUUGAUUUCUUUCAGACUGAAAUAUCGAUUAAACAAUCUUGAAGAUUCUAUUUUUGUAAAAAGCUUUUACGGCAUUGUGGCCAUCCCCUUUAAUCAUGCCAACUCAAUUUGAAGCUUGAUGAAUUCAUUAGCUUUUUCUUGUCCAAGCUAUUAAUUCGAAGACUAUACGCAAAUAAAUGAUGGUUUCCGACAUGAGGGAAAUGAAUAUUGGAACUUAUCCUGCAGGCUGCAACGGGUGCUGGAAUGCGAUGUAUAAUAACGUACACAUCUUCUACUGCUAACCAGGUAAACAUCUGUUACGUGAUAUUUACAAUGAGGCUGAUAUGACUUUAAGGGACUUAUGGUUGGUAUGCAGAGGACAUUGGAUUUAUCAUUUGUGAGCUUAAUUUUUUCUUACAGCUGGAUCUUUUCUUUCUUUGUAUGUAAACUACAGGAUUUUAAAGAGGCCAUAGCAAAGUACCCUGACUUGAGUGGUGUCAGGUAACAGUAACUUACCUCAGCUGCAAACUAAACUUCCUUCUUUUUUUUUUCUUCCUCAAAAAACAAAAAAAAUAAAAAAUAAAGUUCUUCCUUGUUUUCUUUUUUAUAUCUGAUAGCUGUAAUUUUUUGUGUUCAAUGCAGGUUGAGUGAUCUAGAGACAUUGCUUCAGAGCGUUGUUAGUGUAAGCUAGAAAUUUAAACCCGAUGUGCCAUUUUAUACAACUCGAAGGUUCGUAAACAAGAUUCGCUGGUUGUGGCUGUAAAUUACUUUGAAAUGGUAUCAAGCAAAUAUGCACUUCUAGGAAGAUGAUUUAAUUAAACAAUAUACAGAACGCAAAUGCACAAAUUGUCAUAUGCUCAGUGAAAAUGUACUCAGUAACUACACAUUGUUCUCUGGUUGAUAGCUGCGGGAAUACCCUUAACAGCGCGGAUCAUUGGGGGGUUUCUCGAUGUUGGACAAUAGAACUGGAGGGAGUACGAUUUUUUAACCAGUGAACAUGAUACACAUUGUAAUCUAAGUUAGGCCAUUGGACAAAUGUGUCUUGAACUUCAUGCUUCAUAUGUCUUGAAUUCAAGACAUCUGGAGGACAAUGAAGGUAAGAACCAGAACUGCAAUUAUUUUCAAUUGUGUUCAAAAAAAGGAUGAAGACUGAAUAUAUGAGGCCAGGCCAUACUUUCUUUUCCACACGAGCAUGACUUGAAAAAAGGUUUGCAAGUCGAAACCACUAGAAGCGAUUCCAAAGCAAAGGAUGAAAACAGAACUUGUGCUUACUCUUCUUAGACAAAAAAUUAUUCACAGCAAAAUAAUCAGCCAUGGAAAAGUUAGCCAAAAUACCUCAUGCUGUUUUGCAUUCCAUGGCCAGCUCAAAGUCAUAUUAAUGCAAUGUUAAAGUUAGCAAAACUACUCCACAACAAAGGUUUCUUCACAACCUUUGUUCAUACUGAGUAUAUCUACGAUCGCACACUCAAAUCAAGAGCUCCAAACACUUUCGAUGGAUCAGCAGAUUUCAGAUUUCAGGCCAUCCCAGAUGGCUUCCCACCUACAGAAAAUGAUCAAUAUUUUUUCACAAGAUGUUUUUCCGGUUUUGGUUUCAGCUACCAGAAAUUGCCAUGCUCCAUUUCUUCCGACUGAAUCGUCGCCAUUCCGGCGCCGGUGAGGAUCAUUUGCCUUUAAUAAAAGAUCAUUUCCAGUCCGGUUUUUAACAUUUGGUAUCCAGAGAUUGUAAUUCCUUGGCCUGUUUGGAAUUAUUGCUUCCAAACGCGUACAGAAUCAGGGGGAUUCUGGUGAUCAGGCAUCAAUCGCGACGGUUCUAGAGCAGAUUAAGGAGCACACUGUACAGAUGCAGCAAAUGAAUCAAGCUCAGGCAGAGCUCGACAGGAAGCUGGGAGGCAGAUUGGAUGCUCUGGAGGCUAGGGUUUCGGGAAUUGAAAAAUUGAAGGAGCCUGUCCAAGUUUCUUCGACUUGUAUGGGUAAGAACACUGUCAAUCACUCAUCUCCUUCCGUUUUUGGUGUUAAAUUAGAUUAAAGAGUCGAUAAUUCUGUGAAUUGUGGCUUUAAUUUUGCUCAACGAACUCGUGGUCAGGAGUUUGGGGAUAACACUGUGAUUGGGGAUAGUAGGCAGUAUAAUAAGUGGAAACCUAAGCCUAAGCUUGAAUUACCUAUUUUCUCUGAAGAAAAUACUAGAAGUUAGUUGAAAAAGUGUCAUUAAGUAUUUCCGUAUGCAUGAAAUGACUCUGGAAGAGCAGUUGGAUUUUGUGGAGUUUUAUUUGGAUGGAGUUGCAGAUAUUUGGUAUCAAGGCUUCAAGUCAGUUUAUCCUUAUGCUGAUUGGAGACUGUUUGAGACCGAAUUAAUUAAAAAGUUCAAGGAUCAGUGUGAUGAUCCAAUUGAGGAAUUCAAUAAACUUAGUCAGAGGGGAACAAUUAGGGAGUAUUAUGACAGAUUUGAGGAGUUGAAGUGUAAGGUUCCGUGUGUUGAUUCGAGAUUGAGUGAAACUUAUUUCAUAUCCAGGUUGAUUAGUGGAUUGAAAGAAGAGUAUAAGCACUUUGUGAGGUUUUUUGAACCUAAAACAAUGCAAAGAGCUUUUUGAAGCAGCAAGAACUCAGGAAUCUACUCACUCCUUGGUUUCUAAACCUAAGGUUCAUAAUCCACCUGUGAGUAAAACUUCCAAUGCUGGGGGAAAGGUAGCUGCUCAAGGUAUAAGGAAGAAUGAUAAACCUGUUUUUAAGAGGUUAUCUGUUAGAAGAAACCAAACAAGAAAGACAUGGUGAAAUUUUUGUGUAUUUUAUUGAAUUGAUACAAUGAAUAUUUAUACAAAAAUAUUGACUCUUAUUCUAUUAACG